GGAGAGCUGGUCGAAUGUCAGCGGGAACUAUCGUUAUAACCGGAGGAAUUCUCGCCGGAGUGAUACUGCUGUGCAUCGUAGCAGUGCUCUGUUACUGUAGACUCCAGUACUACUGCUGUAAGAAGAAUGGGUCUGACAGCGGCUCCAUCUCUCAGCAACACUUUGCCUGCAACUCCUGCAGUGUCACCGGCCUGGACGGAUCGAUCAUCAGCCCCUUGUCCCUUUCACCGCCGGAGCUGGCCAGAUCCUCCAACCCCGCCAAGCCCGGCGGGGGUCGACGCAGCUACUGCCCCAGCUGCUCGCCCUACGACUCGCCCUUCUACAUUCGCACCACCGAUGAGAUGCGCAAUGGCGGCGAGCGCAUCACCUACAUGCCCACACACUAUGAGAACCAGGCACUGGCGAUGCCGCUGCCCGCCGUCCGAGGCUCCCUGCUGAGGGAGACUCAGAGGGGGCGGCCUCCUGAUUUCUACACCAAUACCCGCGCCAUCAGCACUGAGGUGUGACCGGCCCGAAACCCCAUGACACAUAACACCACCCACACACACACACUCACACUCACACACACACACUCACACACACCAGCACCAACACUAACAAGACCACAGAAGGGAUUUUACAGCAGCCACCAGUGAGGAUGUACUGGAUGAAGUUUCACUGUAUGUGCAGAUACAUUCUCAGAUUGAAUUAGGGUUGGGGGAGAUUGAAGUGAGGAUUACUUCUGAACACUAAAGUUCAAACCUUCACUUCACUUUAUACUAUAUAGAUUUUAAAUAUUCAUGUUCAUAAAGACAAUAACUAUAUAAAUGAUAAAGUUGUAGCCGUAAAACGUCCUGUGAGAAAACGUCCCUCUAUGCUUCCACGUGAGGGGAAUGGUUGUGCACUGUCUGUUGACUGUUACAGUAACUUUAAUGACUGAGGGCUAAUUUCUUCACUGAGAGAAUUCUAUGGGUUCCUCUUGCUGCAUAUCUUCCAACAACUGCCGAAAUGACAAAAGGAAACUGUGUUAUGAAAUGUGUGAGUAACUAUGAAGCAACUGUGUCAUAAUAGAGACUGAAAUGCAUUUGAAAAAGUUACAAGGGCAGUAUAAUGAGUGGAGCAUCCCAUUUGCAGUUUUCUGGAUCUUUGGAAGCAUGUUAGAGUCACAGGAAAGGAAGAAGAGUGCACACGAGUGGAGCUUUGUCUAUGCAAGCAAACUACUGCAGCUCUUCAUCUCCAGGACUCUCCUGUCAGCAGUUUUCAUCUCAUCUACUUUAUUGGAGGAACAUCUUGAGCAGCGUGGACACCCAGUGAGCUACGACCGUGACGUUAGACCUUCAAGCAUUUAAACCUGGAUCAUGGAUACAGUAGUCGGGUUGCCAGAUCUAGCGCUGGACCACCACUUUGUCCCCCCUGAAGUGUAAACCUGUGAAUUAUCGAGGAUGCCUGGCUGAGCCCUUGAACGCAACAGUGGUACGCUGGAAAAAAACUGAUAGAAUUUCUCUUAACUGACAGUGAUGCAAAAAGUUAAAACGUUUGACGUGUAAAUAUGAACUGGAACGAAAGCGUCUUCUUGAUGGAGAGAGAUGCACCCUGGGAUCUGAACUAUGUAUUUUGAAUGAGGGAGUGUGAUUUACUAGUUUGUGCUAUUUUGUCAACACACUCCUGCUAUACUCCUGUACUACUCUCAUGUUGAAUCUUUGAACUGCAAUUAACUAUUUCAUUUAUUUUCAUGUUGUUUUCUUUUAUCUUUUUCAUAUUGUGAGAACGUCAGAGAACACGUUUAUGUGAUUGGAAACAGUUUCACUUAAUUUUCUCUUUGUCCAGUGUUACUUGCCAUUCGUGAUGAUAAUUCCAGUGAUAUUUGUCUUUGUAUUUCCGUGUACAGGACUCAGAGGCUGUUUAAGGAAACCUCACUGACUUGCAUGGUGUGAUAUUGUUUGGAUAAGUUUGCAAGGUUUUUGGACUGGCCACGUGUUAUCAAUCAAGCAUUAAGCAAAGAAAAUACAACCUUAACCAAUGUUAUUAAAGUCCAUUUAUCAGCAACUACUUAAUUUCUCUCUAAAUUACUAUUACCUUUAGGUUAAAUAGAGCUGUUAAGAUUUGCAUCUUUAAUCUUCUCAAGACCAUUUUACACCUGAUUUUCUCCGGAUGAACUAGAAAGAACAAAUAAAUGUACAGAGGACUGUUAAAAUGAAAGCUUGUCACAAAACAUUAACUUAUUUGCUUUUAGGGAAACUGGUGAAAUCUAGUCUGAAACAUCUCUAAAGAGGAUUUAGAGUUUUAAAAUGUUGUUGUCCACUUCUACAGAUUCAUUGUCAUUAUUCAUUUAUUUAUUCAUUGUAUUA